AUGUUUUGGAUAUUGUUAGUAUUUUUAGAGUUAUCAUUCGGACAACCAGACAAGAAAAAAACUGAAGACAAUUAUGAAGAUGAGUUUCCUUCCCUUCAGCCAUUAGAUCGAAGUCUUCCACAACCACAUCCCUUUGAUGAAAGACCACCCAGUUUUAGAUCCCGAGGACGUGGUCAAACACGACGUCAAAGACCAUUUAUUCCCCAAAAUUAUCCACAACAACAAUUUGAUUUGCCACCUCAUCAACAACCACUUGACCAACAACAAGUUCCUCAAACUCAACAACAUCAAAUCAAAGAUUUAAAACAUCAAACAAGUAAAUUAUCAAAAGAGUUAUUAAAGCCAACAGAACAAACACGACAAACACCACAAAGAGAAGAACAAGUUGUCAGGCCCAAAAUUACAGCUCAAUUACAAAAGGUAUAUUUACCAACACCACCAAAACCUGCAAAACAAACAGAAAUGGAUGUUAAACUAAAAGUCAAAACAAAUAAAAAACAACAAUUAAUAAAAGAAGCCAAGAAAAAGGAAUUUCCCUUCUUACCACCAAAUUGUCAAUUUUUUAAUCAAAUUCCAGUGACACCAGAUAUAUUUCCAAUGAAGAAGAUUCUGGAAACACUUUCUUCUUAUACCAUGUGUAAAUAUUAUUCCAAUUUUUAUGAUCCAGACUUUUUUGUUCAUUCGCAGUAUUGGCUUGGGGAAUUGUGUAUUGAUGGGAACUGUGAUUUUCCUGAAAACACAGAAGUAAAAGAAGGAUUUACACUCCAUGGGUACUGGCCUCAUUUUUACAAAAACAGAAAUAUGUACUGCUGUACCAACUUUUUUGGUCCCGAUAAUGUUGAAAAUAUGUUACUUCAAGAUACCGAAUUAAUGAUGGAUGUCAAUAAGAAAUGGAUGUCAGUUAAAGAAUGUCGUUUUGCUGUAUAUCAAUGGGACAAACACGGAAGUUGUGCAAUGCGAAUGUUUAAAGGGCCGAAAGGGCCAACUGAUUAUAUGAGAACGGCAAUUAAAUUGUUUGACAGAGUUAAUAUAUGGGAUUUAUUACAAAGAAGUGAAUUAAAAAUUGAGACGGGCAAAUUGUAUCACAAAAAAGAUAUUAAAAAGGUGUUAAAAAAUUACUUUGGAGUUGAUGUGUCAAUUUGUUGCAGAAACGACAAUUCUUUGUAUGAAGUUAAUGUGUGUUACGACGCUAAAGGAAACUCAAAAUACCCAAAACUGAUAAAUUGCCCAGAUAAAAUAUUUAGAUAUGAUGAUGUAAGAUGCAGAGAUAUGAUUAAAUUGUUACCACUUCCUGAAUAUUUGAGAAAUCCAGAAAAAAUACCAAGAAAUAAGUGUCCAUAUUGA